GCUCGAGGUGUCGCCAUCUGUCGAACAAUAUCGUAAACGCUACCUUUCGCGAACGUUUGCAACGCGAUCGCUGCCGCUUUAUUCUCGCUAUUUAUAUAUAACAUUAUCAGAGGUCAUUUCAACAGUCACACUCAUAAACCGGGUUUUCCAAAAGCUUAUCAAGGAAUUCAGCGAGUACCUAUUGUGUUUUAGGCAGACGUGUUGUUUGUCCGGAUAGGUUUAGACGGAACCAAGUGGCGGUGAUAUCGGUUUCGGCUCUACAGGAGUGAGGUGCGAGAAACUUGGAUGCGGUUAAACUAGCGACAGUAGGGCAAUACAAACGCUGGGCGAAUUCUUUCUUCGAGCGAUAGAAGUCAAUGAUCUUCGGCACCGAGCAAAAACGGAAUACCAAUCUAAGGUCUUGCGCCACCAGGUUUUGAACGGACACGAAGACAUGAGCAGUGCCGCCACUUGCUACAGCUGCGUACCCGGAGACACAAAGGACGGCAUGAAAGCGAGGCAGGCCGACAGGAUGGCCGGGUGCGGCGACUGCCUUCCGGCGUCCGUGAACAGAAGUCUACUGCCGCUGAAACUCCACUUUUUCCUCUACCUCGCAGCUCAAGCAUGCGUCUACGCCUACCUGGCAGUGAUUGGGCGCCAAAACGGAAUCAGCGCAGCCAACAUAGCCGUCAUCUUCGGCUUCACGCCCCUGGCCGCUGUCCUCUUCAAGCCCGUGUGCGGCUACAUCAUCGACCGGACGCAGAAUGCCACUGGGGUCAUACUCGCCCUGCAGUUUUUCCUCAUCGUGUCCCACGCCGUGGUCUUCUUCAGCCCCGCUCUCGUCGUCCAGAUGUCGGCCUCCAGGGGGCUCUUGAACUGUCCCGAGGGGACGUUCGUGCUCCAAGACCGACGUGUACUCGACUCGUGUCUGGCGUCUUUUCCAACCGCGAGUGCGCCCUUACAGUGCAACUUGACGUUUCCGACGGACCACGCGACCAGUGUCGACGUGAACGCGGUGUCGGGCACAAGCGUCACUUUUCAGAACGCCACAGGGGUGUGUCAGGCACUCGACGUGGUUUCCAAAGUCGCCAAGGGCAACCAGAGCUCCAACUGCACGCUUAGCUGUCCCUGUGACGCCGAUAACGCGGCACAAGGGAGUUUCUGGUUCUAUACCGUGUCCGUGGUGAUUGCGUGGACGCUCACGGCCACGCUCUUCACGGUCACGGACGCGGCAGUGUGCGAAGUGCUGGCCGAGAACGUGAACGCUUUCGGAAGGCAGCGACUCUGGGGAACGAUCAGCUGGGGCGUCACCAGUCCGCUGGUCGGCUUUUUCAUCGACCAAGCCAGCACGGUCGGCCACACGGACUACACACCCGGCUUCUACGUGUUCGCCGCGUUCAUUCUGCUGGACAUGGCUCUGAUCGCCUACAUGCCGCGUCUGCGGACGGCCGACUUGUCCGUCAACUUCUUCCGGGACAUUACGAAGCUCUUCUGCAGCGUCGAGGUGGUGACGUUCACCUUCUGGACCUUCAUCGUCGGUGCCCUGAUAGGUGUCAUCUGGUCCUUCGGCACCUGGUUCCUGGAGGACCUGGGCGCCUCCAAGCUCCUCAUUGGCCUCACGGCCACGGUUAUGAGUCUGGGCAUCGAGUUGCCGCUGUUUUUUGUUUCCAGGAACAUUCUGGAGCGCAUCGGCUACUUCUUCUCGUACUCCAUCACGUUCGUGUGUUUCGCCAUCAAGUUCAUCGGCUAUUCCUUUGUGCAGAACGCGUGGUACGUGCUCAUCAUCGACAUCGCGGGCGGAGCCAUUUUCCCGCUGGCUUAUUCGGCGAUGACGGUGUUUGCCAAGAGCGUUGCCACGCCGGGAACGUCGGCGUCCAUGCUGUGCAUCUUGGGCGCCUCUUUCGAAGGACUCGGGGUCGCGGCGGGCAAUCUGCUGGGAGGCAUGAGCUUCGACCAGAUCGGCGGACGCCUGACCUUCCGCUACCUGGGCUACGCGUCGGUGGCCUGCAGCGUCUGCUGCACGGCCACUUACCUGGCCAUCCGGGGACGGAACGCGGGGCGUCACGGUUCAGAAACUCCGGUGCUCAAGACUCCUGCCGAGACGUCGGUGAACGGGACAUUCAACGAAGCAUCGAGAAUCAACUGGGGCGAGCAUAGCCGCCUCUAGUGCACCGCCACUUUGCGGAAUCCCAAAGACAUACGCGUGACAAUCGUUGUGCAUCCUGUUCGUCCAUUCAUCAUCGUGUAUAGUUGGUUGUGGCCAACCGUAGUUGAAAAAGUCGUGUCAGUGAAAUAGUCUACUGAGCGUUUGCUCUGCGACCACCCUGUCUGAAGGCGCUUCGCUCGCGACACGCAUCGAAUACAGGGUACUCUUAUACGUCUAUACUUCGAAAUUCGGGCACAACAGAAAAGUUGAACCCCCCCCCCCCCCCCCCCCCCCCCCGCUCAAAAAAAAUUUAAACUUUAAAUUUACCAUUUCGGUUCGGUUCUCGGUUCGGCGACAUCUCAGUACUUUAUGAUGCUGUUCACACGUAAAUUUUAACGUCUCAGUGUUACCGGUAUUUUUUUUUUUCUUUCGUGUCCUGAAAGCAUUUGUGAAAUCAACUUCGGUCAUGCUAAAAUUUUGAAACCUAAUUAAGACUCUUUGCAGUCAUUCAGAAUGAAAGUUUGUGACCUGAGAUCCUUAUCAAGUUACCACAAUGUGUGUCUGCAGGCUUCACAGGUUUAAGAUUGAUAUUGUUGUACUUAGAAUCGUGUGACUCGUAGCAAAUUUCCCGCAAGCAGUCAACGGUUCCCGCAAGCAGUCAACGGUUUCUGUGUGUUUAUCCGACAAACUCAUUCAUGUCCCACGUAUUUUUGUCUAGAUAAUGAUAAAUUAAUUUGACUUAAAUUAUGAGUGUUCUCGAUGGAGGUGAAUUCGAGAUGUGUUUGCGUCCUUGUUGACCUUUUAGUACUUAUUAUUUGAGUGAACGAAUCUCAUCGUUCCUUGUUAUGUUCGUUGUCGAUAUUUUUUCUUCAAUACGCUGAAGCCUAGUUCCAACUGGGAAUACUCUCUGCGUUUUCAGUGAAUUGUGUUUUUUAACAUUGUUGAAUGAACACAUUCCUUGAUAGUUUAUUUGCGACGUCAAUGUGAAAUUGUUUUCUUCUCGUGUAUGGAAGCAGCUAUAAGUUGUACUUUCGAGAUUAUUGUGGCAAGGGCCGAAGUAAUCAGUAUAUCGAAAUUUGUCCAGCAAAUAACUUUCAAAAUUCGUUUUUUUUUUUUUUUGUGCGCCGUUGUUACAAGACGGCGUUUUACUUUUACUUCGUUUUAAAUAGGAUUUUUUUUUAGGUAUUUAAUAUAGUUCAAUUUAAGAAAUUGUAGAUUUGGUUCUACCAUGUCAAUAAAAAUAUUCAGGUA